ACCGGCAGUGUAUAAAAUGUGUUUUGGCACGCAUUCGAUUCAGUUAAAAACUUGUGCGUAAAGGGAACUGAAUGAGGUUGCCUCGGGUUUCUAGUCGGACCUCUUUUACAAACGCAUCCGUUUGUUUAGAAGUGUGUUGCACAGCCCUGUGUAAUAGCUCGUUUCGGACGAAAUAUUGUAUUUAAAGUCCUUGUACACAACUAUAUUCACAAUGGAUGACCAAGGGUGUCCUCGAUGCAAAACGACAAAAUACAGAAAUCCAUCCUUAAAGCUUAUGGUGAAUGUUUGUGGCCAUACAUUAUGCGAGAGUUGUGUGGAAAUGCUGUUUGUGCGUGGGUCAGGGAACUGCAUUGAAUGUGAUACACCACUAAGGAAGAGUAAUUUUCGCGUCCAGCUGUUCGAGGAUCCAGCCAUCGACAAAGAGGUCGAAAUACGCAAAAAAGUUUUGAAGAUAUACAACAAAAGAGAAUUUGAUUUUCCAAGCCUGAGAGACUACAACGACUACCUCGAACAGGUAGAAGAAAUAGUCUUUAAUCUGACCAAUAACAUGGACGUGGAGAGGACACGGCAGAUAAUGGAACAGUACCAGAGAGAGAACAGAGACGUCAUCCAGAGGAAUAAAGUCAAGCUGACGCGUGAGCAGGAGGAGUUGGAGGAGAUGCUGCUGCUGGAGCAGAAGAGCGCUGAGGAGCGAAGACUGGAGCUCCUGGAGGAGGAGAAGAAACAGCUGCAGGCCAAGAGGAAGAACAAGCAGGCCCUGCUGGACGAACUGGAGAAAUCUCAGCUGCCUGCCUGCGUCCUGCUGGCUCAGCACAAGGACCGAGCUGCCCAGCUGGAACAGCAGAUUGAGAAGCAGAAGCAGGCCGUCAAAACCACCCUGUUCUCCACCGGCAUCCCAUUGGGUCAGACCGUGUCACUACAGCCUGUGCCAGAGAUCCGGGAGGUUUUGUAUCAAUACCAGCCACUUGUCAUCCACACAUACGGCCCAACAGUGCCCGAACUGGACAACCUGCAGAGACUUGGGUAUCUGAAUCAUGUGCGAACCGCAUCGCCGCAGGAUGUGGCUGGGGGUUACAGCUCUGGGUUAGCCUGUCACCGUGCUGUUCAGGACGCUUUCAGUGGACUCUUCUCCUGAUCGGCUGUGAUUUCAGCCAGUCCUUCACCACGUGUGUGUUUUUCUUUAAGACCGAGUUGAGGACUCAUCCCUAAAGUCUGAAAAUGCAAUUGUACAAGAUCCACGGGAACAUUAUGUGGGAUCAGUCAGGUAUCCACUUCACAUCAGUAGGUGUGAAAAACCACCACUGUUUCUUUUCACAAUGUUACACAGAUUUGGAAUCUUAUGCUUUGGUAAGCUGCAUUUUCACAAGAAAAGACUUGUGUACAAUUUGUAGAAGUUGUGUUUUUUACUGUGACUGCAGCAUGCCUU